AUUUUGAGGGCGUAGUUCCAACAAGUGCACAAGCGUUAAUUUGUAUUACUAAUCGCGUUGCGUGUGGCUGCGUCCAUUUGAGUUUUAUUCUUAAUUUAUUUAGUUUGGUUUUAUAAAGUAAUAAAGUGUCGCAAACAAUUUGUUAAGCUGCCCAGGCAGGCGGCAUACAUUCAUAAAUACGCACAGUAAGAAACAUGUUUCUGUUUCUACCCUCAACAAUUUUGGGGCGCAGCUAUCUGCUUUUUGUGCUCGCUCUCGUCGUGGGCGUGUUCGCUCAGCAUGAGUGGCAAGCGCGAGAUUCGUUUGAUGAGAUCAAGAUACAGUUUGAUAAGGUCAACGCUGACAACUGUCCCAUACAGCAUCAUGGAGAUCUGUUUAUGCCAAUGGACGCGGUCUCCCACAAGCCGGACAUCAAGGAGGUGAAUGUGAAUCCCGUGUUUCCAAAUCGUACGGCGUUGCUGCAUCUACAGAAUAUGGCGCUGAGUCGCAGCUUCUUCUGGAGUUACAUUCUACAAUCGCGCUUCAUACGACCGGCCAUCAAUGAUACCUACGAUCCAGGCAUGAUGUAUUAUUUCCUGUCCACAGUAGCGGAUGUUUCGGCCAAUCCCAGCAUCAACGCCUCGGCCAUAUACUUUUCGCCCAACAGCUCGUAUUCGUCAUCGUAUCGUGGCUUCUUCAACAAGACAUUCCCAAGAUUUGGGCCGCGCACCUUCCGACAGGAUGAUUUCAAUGAUCCCAUACAUUUGCAAAAGAUCUCCACGUGGAACACGUUCGAUGUGCAAGACUUGGGCGCUCAUCAUCCCGACACCAUAUCAAAGGAUUACACCCACGAUUUGUAUAAGAUCAAUGAAUGGUAUCGCGCCUGGUUGCCGGACAACGUGGCAGGUCGACAUGACACAAAGAUUACCUACCAAGUGGAAAUUCGCUAUGCCAAUAAUACAAAUGAAACCUAUACAUUCCACGGUCCGCCGGGCUCUGAGGAGAAUCCGGGACCAAUCAAGUUGACACGCCCCUAUUUCGACUGUGGACGCUCCAACAAGUGGCUGGUGGCAGCUGUAGUGCCAAUUGCCGAUAUUUAUCCCAGACACACCCAGUUCCGACAUAUAGAAUAUCCCAAAUACACUGCCGUAUCCGUGCUGGAAAUGGACUUUGAGCGCAUAGACAUCAAUCAGUGUCCUUUGGGCGAGGGUAACAAGGGUCCCAAUCACUUUGCGGACACUGCACGUUGCAAGAAGGAAACAACGGAGUGCGAACCGUUGCACGGCUGGGGCUUCCGACGUGGUGGUUACCAGUGCCGUUGCAAGCCAGGCUUUCGACUGCCCAACGUGGUGCGACGACCCUAUCUGGGCGAGAUUGUAGAACGUGCCUCAGCUGAGCAAUAUUACAACGAAUAUAAUUGCCUCAAAAUUGGCUGGAUACAAAAGCUGCCUAUUACAUGGGAGCGGGCGCCUUAUCACAUACGCGAAAAGUAUUUGGAUAUGCAUCCUGUUUAUCGCAACAUAUCAACAGGCUCCAGAUCUCUGCACGCCCAGCAUUUGAAUAUUGAUCAGGUUUUGAAGUACAUACACGGCGUUAACUAUCGCACAUGCAAAAACUUCCAUCCACAAGAUUUGAUACUGCGCGGCGAUGUUAGUUCUGGCGCCAAGGAUCAGUUUGAGAACGAAGCCAAAAUGGCCGUGCGUCUGGCCAACUUUAUUAGCGCCUUUUUACAGAUAUCGGAUCCCAAUGAGGUCUAUUCGGGCAAACGUGUGGCGGACAAACCGCUGACCGAGGAUCAAAUGAUUGGCGAGACCCUGGCCAUUAUGAUGGGCGACAGCAAGGUCUGGUCAGCGUCAACGCUCUGGGAGCGUAAUAAGUUCACAAAUCGCACCUAUUUUGCACCCUAUGCAUACAAAACGGAGCUGAAUACACGCAAAUAUAAGGUGGAGGAUCUGGCGCGUCUCAACAAAACGCACGAGCUCUAUACAGAAAAGAAGUACUUCAAGUUCUUAAAGCAACGUUGGAAUACCAAUUUUGAUGAUCUGGAGACAUUCUACUUGAAAAUCAAGAUACGUCAUAAUGAGACAGGUGAAUACCAGCAAAAGUACGAGCAUUAUCCAAACUCGUAUCGUGCGGCAAACAUGAAGCAUGGCUACUGGACACAGCCACAGUUCGAUUGCGAUGGUUAUGUGAAGAAGUGGCUGGUGACCUAUGCGGCGCCCUUCUUUGGCUGGGACAGCCUCAAAGUCAAACUGGAAUUCAAGGGUGUGGUCGCUGUAUCCAUGGACAUGCUCCAGCUGGAUAUUAACCAGUGCCCGGACUGGUAUUACGAGCCGAAUGCCUUCAAGAACACGCACAAGUGCGAUCAGAAGACUUCAUACUGUGUGCCGAUUAUGGGACGUGGCUAUGAAACUGGCGGCUAUAAAUGCGAGUGUCUGCAAGGCUAUGAAUAUCCAUUUGAGGAUCUUAUCACCUACUACGAUGGCCAGCUGGUCGAGGCUGAGUAUCAGAAUAUUGUUGCCGAUAAGGAGACUCGCUAUGACAUGUUCAAAUGCCGCUUGGCGGGUGCAUCGGGAUUGCAAUCAGCGCUGGGUUUGGUCAUCUCACUGUUUGGCCUAACAAUCACGCUGCUUUAUAGAUUUAGUUAAGCGCUCCACAAGCCAAAUAUCUUAACAAUUCCGUCCAUACGAAGAUCACAAAUCCAAACUUUCGAUAAAUAAGACAAAAAAAAAAAAAACUGACAAAGCAACAGCAAACUGAAAGACACAAAAUUGACACCCAAAACAAAACGCGCUGCUGCCCAAAAAAAAAAAAAAAAAAAAAAAAAAAGAAGCCCAACCAAGUCCACUCUACUCAGUAUUCUAUAUGCGUCUUUGAACAUUGUCAUCAUUUAUCUGCAAGGCGAUUAAGUUGUAGACAUAAUCUAUUACAAUGAAUCUGGUUAUUUGUCAUUUCUAUCAAAAGCGGCAACGGCAGCGGCAAUGCCAUCAGCAGCGGCAGCAGAAAAGCGCAAACAGCCGCGCCUACUGUGCUCAGAUUACGGAAGCGUCGCUGUUGCCGCUUUUGCUGCCGCUGUCGUUGUUGUUGCUGUUGCGGCUUUCGACUGUGGCCCUUGCUAAUGUCCGUGAAGACACACAGCUGUGUGUGUGCUCUGCGAGCUGAGAGAUCGCAAACCUGUUAACAUCAAAACCCAGUUAGGCCCCGUAGUACCUACACCCGUCCUCCAAGAAGAGGGUUGUUUGUGCCUCACAAACACACACCUUUCCUGCCUGGGCAGCAACGCCUGCCGUGUGGCCACGGACCUAGUGUUUUUCUUAUAUUAAAUCGUCUACAUUGCGGGGUUCGAUGGUCCAUUGGUUGCUUUUUUGCCUGAAUUAAAUAUGCCGCCGUUUUUCUUUUUCUUCGUUUUUUUUUUUCUCUGCGCCUUGAUUAUCAUAUGCGCUUGAAUUUUUAUUAUCUAUAUACCCUGAGAACUUUUUCUAUGCGCAUCAGGAACCAGUUUAUCAGCCACUUGGUCUUGGUCUCCUGCCAGGGCAACUCAUAAAAAAAAUUGCUAGCUUUUUUUUUGGAUUCUGAUUUUCAUUAAAAAAUGAUAUGGUCAAAGGUAGAGGUAGAGCGUUGGUCUUGGACAUGUACACAAAAAAUAUUUUCACACAUUUUUCAUAGUCAUAUCACGGGCAAUGGGCAGUGACGACCGCUGCGUUUUGGGCAACUCCUCCAUUUCUAUUUGUGCCGUUGCCGGCUGAAGACUCGUCUCACUAGGACCCGACACAGCGGGAACACGUUCAAGUGGUUCUCUCAUUUUUCAUAUUAAUUUCUAAUAUUACUCUUUUUGCAGCUAAACUCCAUAUCAGUUUGUAGGACAGUACAAAAGAAAACAAAAUCAGAAACAAAUCACCAUAUCAAAAGUGUUAAUUGUGCCUUAGAAAAGAAAUGCAAAUAUUCUUAUUUUGAAUAUGUAUAUGGAAAACUAUUGACUACAUCGUAAGUCCGUCCAAAUAACAUUAUCUCUUUUGUAUUAUGUAUUUUUAUAAUAAGUGCCUUGACAGAGCGAAUGCAUUCGAAUAUUUACAUAUGUAACCACUCUUUUUUUAUAGCAUAAUGUAUAGAGUUAAGAUUGAAUCUCGUUUGAAUCAAAAGAAUCUUUUUUAUAUAUUUGACUUGUAAACAAUAAACGUUCCAUUAAACGAACAAUAGUAAAAUAA